GGGGCCUAGACUACUUUUUCUGAGCAGGUGUUGUCAGUGAACAGGCUGUAAAACUGUUGGCUAAGUUAUGUCAUUGUUUGUGUCAAACAAGUUGUGAAUUUGUUGUAACAUUAAAGAUGGAGAUCAUGACUUACUCUGUGCUGAAAGUGAUGCUCGCAUCUCCAGUGGUUUUCUCUGUGGGUGAACGAGGAUGAUGCUGAACAAUUCCAGGAUAUGAUUUUUUUUCUUCACUGGUUGUUGCGCUAAAUCUUACCCAUAUACAAUAGUGCUAUUUUCUGAUUGGCUAUUGUGUAGCUUCCUUUUUUUUUGAUUGGCUUUUUUAAGUGUCAGGCUUGACUAAGAACUCCAGGGGAGAUGCGCUUGAGAUUCCUGCCCGGUUCCAUAGAGACAGCGGUACGGACAGAUUGUUAUUAAAACAAACUAAGCAUUAUAAUACAUUUCAAACCGAAUAUAACUGGCCGUUUAGUCUCCUUUAAAACAUGACCUCCUACCGCAACUGCUUUCACUUUCACUUUGAAGCUAGCAAACUAAAGCGCAUUGCUUCUGUUAGCGCGCAGCUUGUGUGCGUCUGGUUGCUGCGUGAGACACAAACUGCGCAUCUUAAGGCGGAAGUUUGCUCUGAAAUGAAAAGUGAAACUACACCGAAUUAGGGGAUGUCCAAACCCCGACAAUCAUUUAGAGCGGAUCUGAUCGUGAUUAUUUAUUUUUCCAGAUUAAACAGUUGACUGUUCUGGUGUUGCAGUUACAGGCUUUGUAGGAAUAAUCCGUCAUGCUUGAAAUCUUUUUUCUCGCUUCUCUGCACGCGUUGACACACAGUGUGCAGGUUGCUGAUGUGGUGCUGUCCUGCUCCUACAUUGAGGAAGGUGGAGGAAUAACUGGCUCUCAUUUCAUACGCUCCCCUGCCACUAUGGUACUAAGGGACCUUCCUAUGAGUGCUGACCUCUCAGCAGAAGCCAUCACGCCCUACGUCCAUCCCGACACCCCUAAUGCUGAUGACCUUAUUUUUGAGGCCACAGCUUUAUCAGUGGAGAUACCUGAAGCAGAGUCUCUUCUCCAUGCUGAUUGUAAUGAACAGGAAGUGACAUGUGAACUGAGUCAUUAUAUCCCACGAGGCACAAAACCGGAUUCUGUACCUGUUUAUUUCAUCGCGUCAGUACAGCUUGAAGGAGGCGGUGUUGGCUUCACUCUGGUGCUACAGAUAAUAACCAAUGAGAAUCCAGAAUCAAAUACUGCAUCACUAAUACAGAGUAAACUUCAGCUUCCUCUCAGCCAGUGGGGAACUCUGAUCACAGAUGUUGUGUUUGUGGUGUUCUCUCGCUCACCUUCCGUUGCGGCCGCUAUAGGUGAAGACAUUGUAUUAGACUGUGGUUAUAGGCAAAGGGACACCCCCCCAGUGCAGAAUCUGGGUCUUGAGUGGCGCUGGCAAUAUAGAGGACAAGGCAAAACCAUUCUGGAUAUGAAAGAGACUGAGGCAGGAUCAAUCUUGGCAGUGGAUCGAGAGGAAACAAGUGCAAACUCGACCUUACUAGUUAGAGAUGGAAAUGCAUCUCUGACCAUGAUGAAGUUAAAGGUCUCAGAUGAAGGCACAUACAUCUGCACCAUUAGUUCUGCACCCUUUCAGACUCAGCAAAUCGUUCAGCUGAACAUCAUACAACCUCCGAGAGUUUCAUUUGAUGGAAACAAAAUAACAUUUCAAGAUGAGGCACCAAAGAGACUGAGUUGUCACUGUGAGCGUUAUUACCCCCUCGAUGUAGAGGUGGAGUGGUUUUGUCAGCUCCCUUCAGAGACAGAGAGCAUCUCCCUGACAGAUGGAUCCUCUCUCUCUAGCCAUCGGCAGCACAGUGAUGGGACGUUUUCUCUCUCAUCCUUCCUCGUUGUCCGCCCAACUGAGUAUCCUCCCGGAACUGUGUUUACAUGCAGGGUCUCUCACAUUGGCCUGCAAACUCCCAGUGAUGUUAGCCUGACAGUUCUCAAACCUGAUCAAAUCAAGAGCAUGGGGGAAUAUUACUGGAUGAUUCUGGCGACACUGAUUUUGUCCAUACUGUUUUUAUAUCAAGCAUUAAGAUAGGUGCUGAACAUCUUAAUGGGUGGCGUGAUGGCUCAGCAGGUAGAGUCUCACCUGGGGAUUAAUCCUGAGCUCAGGUUAUUGUCUGGGCAGUUUCAUUUCUCUGUCUGUCUGUGAGGGUUUGCUCCAGUUUUAUCCUACAAUGUGUGUGUGUGUGUGUGUGUGUGUGUGUGUGUGUGUGUGUGUGUGUGUGUGUGUGUGUGUGUGUGUGUGUGUGUGUGUGUGUGUGUGUGUGUGUGUGUGUGUGUGCACAUGUUUUUAACACCCUAGAGGCCAAGUGUCCCAAAAAGGAUAGGAAUAUCUGAAUCCCCAUGAGGCAAACAAAAAACACAUGAAAGCUCUAGGAUGUGUUCAUUUUGAUACUGAGGUUAAUUCUGUGAUUACAUUUUGUUGUAGAAUAAUAUUAACAAAAAAGGUGUGUGUGUGUGUGUGUGUGUGUGUGUGUGUGCGCAUGUGUGUGCGUGAGUGUGUCUGUGUGUCUACAAUGAACUGUAUAAUGUAAAAUAAACCUGUCAUUUUUUUUUGUCAGCUGUAUGUAUGGGUGCACAUAUAAAGCUGAAUGGUGAUAUGUGUUAAGUUAAAAUGUGAAGCAUCAAAUCUAUCAAACACUGGACUCUUUUCUUGUCGAAAUUCUUGUUGUUGUCCUUGCCUGUUUGCAAUAACUAACUAAUAACAUACUAGGCUUUUUUUGAGCAAAUAUUAAUACUGCUGCACAUGCUUUUUUCACAGCAAGUCAUCUUUUAAAUCUAUUAUUUAAGUCAUCCCAGAAUAAAUACGGUUUGGUUUAUGGUCAGUUUAUGUAAUUCACAACUGCUUAAUUCCUAUCAAAAUAUUCCUCAUACAGUUUGAAAUAAAAACCACAAUCCAUAUCUGCAUAUACAUCACUGAACAUUUGACUGUAUAUAUAUUGUUUCUCUAUAAAUGUUCUGUUCACUUGAAGUUGUCACUAAUACACAUGACGUUUCACA